GACCAAGAAAGCACAUACGCACCAAUGAGGUCGAUAACUUAGCAUAUAUACAUAUACGUGCACACACACACGUUAGUGAAAGGGUUGCCCUUCCACCACCGCAUUGUUCCGGCCAAGCGUCACCGCUGUUCAUCUCGCACUAUAUAGCUUAGCCCCCAACACCUAACACGUUUUAAGAACCACCCUCGCAAGCCUCUUCUCGUAGCCUCAACAACACCGCACAACCCAACCCAUUCAGACCUCCAGCUCCAGCUCCUAGCGCUCCAAUGGCCGCAGAUGCUUCCGCUGGCGAUGGCAAGCGGCGCGAGAAGCGCACGGCCAGCGCGUCAGCAAUGCACGCGUGCGUCGGCGUCUUCCGGCUCAUCUGCGUAGCGUGCGCGAUCGACUGGCUGUCGGGCACCGGGAGCACCCCGGCGGGGCUGAUGGCGCUGAUGGCGGCGGCGCUGGCGGCGGGGUGGUUCGUGAGCGCCGUCCGGCCGCCGCCGCCGACGCCGUGCGGGACGCCCGGGGGCCCGCCAGUGACGGCGCCGAGGGCUCGGAUGCGGGACGGGCGGUACCUGGCGUACGCCGAGUCCGGGGUGAGCCGGGACAGGGCCCGGUUCAAGGUGGUGUACUCGCACGGCUUCUCCGGCGGCCGCAUGGACUCGCCCCGCGCCUCCCAGGAGCUGCUGGAGGAGCUGGGCGUGUACAUGGUGGCGUUCGACCGGGCCGGGUACGGCGAGAGCGACCCGGACCCCCGGCGGUCGCUGCGCAGCGCGGCGCUGGACAUCGAGGACCUCGCCGACGCGCUGGGCCUCGGCGAAAAGUUCCACCUCAUCUGCUCCUCCCUCGGCACCCACGCCGGCUGGGCCGCCAUCCGGUACAUCCCGCACAGGCUGGCCGGGGUGGCGAUGAUGGCACCGGUGGUCAACUACCGCUGGCGCGGGCUGCCGCGGGGGCUGGCCCGGCGGCUCUACCGGGCGCAGCCGGCGGGCGACCAGUGGUCGCUCCGGGUCGCCUACUACGCGCCGUGGCUGCUGCACUGGUGGAUGAGCCAGCCGUGGCUGCCCACCUCCACCGUCAUCGACGGCUCCGGGUCCUUCCCCAACGAGCUCGACGAGAAGAACCGCGUCAUGGCGCUCUCCAACGGCAUGUUCCACCAGAGGGCGAGGCUGGCGACGCAGCAGGGGAUCCAGGAGUCCUUCUACAGGGACAUGGCGGUCAUGUUCGGGAGGUGGCCGGAGUUCGAGCCGAUGGACCUGGAGGAGCCGCCGUUCCCGGUGCACGUGUUCCAGGGCGACGAGGACGGCGUCGUGCCCGUGCAGCUGCAGCGCCACAUAUGCCGCCGGCUCGGCUGGGUCAACUACCACGAGCUCCCCGGCGUGGGGCACUUCCAGUCGGCGGUGCCAGGGCUCGGAGACAGGAUCGUCAGCACGCUUCUGACGGCGCCGGCGUCGGCAUGAAUGACAGCUCCAGGACGGCAGCGUCUUCGCAUCUUACAUGUAGUACUAGUAUACGACUGAUGUGCCGUAGGUACAAGUCUAGAGGCAACGCUGAAGAAAGGCAGUUCCUGUGAGCUCAGGCACACGAAUGACAGGAUCAGCCACUACUGUAUUUGCACAAAGAAACUGAAGAGCAGAAGGAUCUUUUUAUAUAUCAUGAGAGGUGUAUUUGACUCGGUGUAUGUAAAUAGUUAUCAUAUGAAUCAGAGAAUAAUUCAAUCCAA